AUGACUCUCAACCCCCAGAGUCCUUCGAAACAUAAUCAAAUGAUUACGCGAUUUAUUAAACACCCGAAAUCCACGAAUUUUGACGGCGACAAAGACCGCCCCGCUAAGCGCCAGAAGACUGGCGACAGCCCAAAGAAACCGCCACCAACUCCGCGGAAGUCCGCCAAACGCGAAAUUCUAGACUCUGACAUAGAGGAUGAUGAUUCAGAAAUCCAAGAAGAGGAGAAAGAGCACAAGACCAAUCUAGAAAGCGCGCUACCGCCAGUCAAAACGGGCGAGGAGGCUAUCGAAGAAUACGAGGCGUUUAAGGCGUCGCAAGAAGAUAGUACAGUAGGUGUAGAGGAGCGCCUGGAGAAAAGGGCAUGGGUGAGGGGUAAGAGCUCCUUAUAUGUGGAUGCAUUCAACCUAGCAUUGGAUACGGUACUCGAAGAAGAAAGCCAUCUGUUCGACGAGGCUGAGACCGAAGUGUUCAGGAUUUGGAGAGACUUGAUUUACGACGCGCAAUAUCUCUACGUACGCCUUUUCCUACGCAAAACCUCCGCAUGGCACCGUAUAAACAGUCUUGGCUACCACAGCGACAUCUCAGAUCUCGACGCUACAGCCGAGACAUUACAGCGCACGUAUGAUCUACCAGCAUCUUCUGCCGAAGCCGCUUCAUAUCCUGGUGAGCUGGACGCUCCAGUUGGAACUACAUUAGAUUCCGCGUUCACAUUCGCGGAUAAAUCAGAGGAAGAGAUAACUACCCUCGAAGAAGCUUCAUCGCUAUUGCGUCUUGAUGAACUAAAGGUACUUGCGAAAGAUGUCAAGAUCCAAGGAAAGAACAAGAGGGAGCUCCUCCGGGCACUACGCCGAACGAGUCAGAAACAAGCUGGAUUAGGUUAUGUCGGUCUAAAGCGAUCGGACUCCGAGAUGUCGAGACGAUCCUCUGCUUCUGGAUCUAGGCCAGAAACCCCAGAAGUUGAAGUUUUGCCAGUGGAAGAUCUCUCCGACGAUGCGAACCGGGAUGCACACUUUACUCGUAAGAUCAUGAACAAGACUGGUCCUUGUAUACGACUUUCCUUAGCUACACUUAAACUCUUUGAACGCGUUCAUCUCGUGUUCUACCGCUCAACGGAAUGGACCGAGAAGUCGCUCACCACUAUCAUCCUCGCUAAAAUAGCUCGUCGUAACUUCCCGGAUUACAUUGUCUCACGGUCGGCCAAUAUAUUCGCCUCGCGUGCCUUGCUCUUGGAGUUCGAGGCUUCAAUCCGGACGCAAUUUCGAAUAGAUAGCAUUCUGGAGUUCAACGGAAGACCAACUGAGAAAGGGCUUCAAGAAAUUUUAGAUACCUUCGAGGAAGUGUAUCCUCGCUGGCAAGCGCUCGUCCAAGAAGAACGACAAAAGGAGGAAAGUGUAUAUCAUAGCGGUGAAGGCUCGUAUUUACGCCGCUUAUCGCCAGCAUGGGUCUACACACGUAUCAUACACAAGGCUUUAGAGGUUCUUAGACGUCGGAAGGAGCACAUGCAUGAGCACGAGCUUUUGACCGAACUCUUGCACCAGCGGCUCUUCCAUCAUUCUCGCCGUGGAGCUUGGUAUCAGCGUAAAGCACUUCUCGAAGAACACUACAUGGCCGCGCUUACCGACGCUGGGAAGAGAGAUCGAGAGCGACAGAAGAGACAUUGGAAACGCAUCGCCUUGCAGACUUGUGAAGAAGGCUUACAAGAUAAUCUUGUGCAUAUUAUCCAUCACUAUGACCUCCAAAAGCGCAUCAUUAAGCUUGAGAAGUCGCUGAACAUCUCAAAACGCGCGCAGCACGAUUUUGGACAUGUUCAUCUCACAAAACCUGUUGAAGUCACCAUGGAAGGCAUCCGUAUUGAGCGAGAGACACUUUCCUUAUCACGGCGAAACAGUUCACCACAUCCCAACCCCGGAAAGCGGGGCGGAAAAACUAUCUGGAUCGAUCCACGCGAAGGCGGUGAAUGCUCCGUCGAAGCUAUGUGCCUCUCGCACUAUCGUAAUCAAGGUUGGAAAGGCUACCAUAGCGAAGGUGGUAUCGUUCGCACUCUUUUUGCAUAUCUCUUCUUCGACAUCCUAUUCACGUACAUUCCCAACGUCUUCCAGACUCCAUACCAGACAUGUCCAUUAGACCUGCAUACAGACGCCUUCUAUCCCUCCCGCAUUUCGGAAAUCAACGCCCGCCUAAAUGAAAUAUCAAAUGGCGACGCAACAACAAUCGUGCAAAAGGUCUACGACGAGCACCACGAACGACGAACAUGCGUUGUUGGCUUAGACUGGACAUUCGACAUUUUUGACCUUCUCGAAAUCACGCGCUGCUUCGAUGGCGAGGCGUUGGCAAUGGUGUGUAAAGUCAUGGCGCAGGAGUAUGGGCAGAGAGGCGGUGGGGUUCCCGAUCUAUUUCUUUGGAGAAUGCCAGGAGAGGAAGAGAAGCUGGGAGAGGUCAAAUUUGCGGAAGUUAAGAGUGAGAAUGAUCGCUUGAGCGAUACCCAGAGGCUUUGGAUACACGUGCUCUCAGGGGCGGGUGUGAACGUAGAACUUUGUGCGGCGGUUGCUGCGGAGGUUAGGGUCGUGAGUUGAGAGCUUGCAGAGAUGCUAGAUCUGAUAUCUGGUCCGCUCUCGCGUUCAAUUCAAGGGUCGAAUUCACAGUUCUAGUCCACUCGGUAGACCUGCCAGCUCUGUUGUUCUUGCCUUUUCUCCCUAAUGCCUUCGGCACCUAUUCAACUCACAAAGCAGUCUAGCCAAAAAUUGUACUAAGACGACAGUAUGAGUUUUUAGUCUCGCCAGAUCGUACCCGCUCAGAUCUUUACCCUGAAUAGCCUCGU